AUGGGUUCCUGCAACCAUUAUAAAUGGGAAUUGGCUUUCAAGCUUAACCAACCCCUUCCUAAAAUGAGCCCUACAUACUUUCCUCUGCUCUUCCUUGGCCUGUUGGUCAUCCUCACCACUCCCAUUCUUGCUGAUACCAACAGCAACUCUCUCCUUGACGGUGAUGGAGAACAAUCGACACUCUCCCGGAAGCUAAAACCACCAAGGCGUCCUCCCAAAAGUUCACCACCCCCGCCAGAUCCACCGGAGGAAGAGACUCCGCCAUCGGAGGAUGAACCACCACCACCACCACCACCAUGGUGGAGAAGAAAACCACGAAUAAAGGGUCGUACCAAAAAGUCACCACCACAGCCAGAUCCACCGGGGGAAGAGACUCCGCCAUCGGGGGAAGAGACACCACCACCACCAUGGUGGCGAAGAAAACCACGAAUAAAGGGUCGUACCAAAAAGUCACCACCACAGCCAGAUCCACCCCCGGAGGACGAGCCUUGUGCUUCCGAGAUGGCACGAUCUCUGGUGGUAGAGAAUGAGGAAGUUUUGUAUGAAGAUGACAAGGUGGAAACUAUGUCAGUAGGUGUGCUUAGAAAAAGGUCAGGCCGUUCUCGUGUUCCACCGACUCCUCGUCGUCGACCGCCGCCACCACCUUGUUCUCCCCCUCCUGACCCACCUCAGUAG